AUGACAGCCACUGUCGAGCAGCUGGAUCUCCUCUCCCUCAACCUCGAAGACACAAAGGAGACUUCGGUCCUCACCUUCGAACCUUUCAGCCUCCCCUCCACGAACCAGCGCAUCCUCGGCCCUCCUCAUCCCCCAAACACGCCGAUUCCUCUCGCCCUCCAGCCAUCGGGAUCUAUUAAACCGACUCUGAAUUUGGCAAUUGCGACGGUCAAGUCCCUUCAGCGCACAAAAAUCCUCACGUCCCUUCUCGCACAGCACGGAACCCUCCUCUUCCGCGGCCUCCCCAUCCACUCUGCUUCCGACUUCAGCGCCUUCGCCCAUGCCUUCGGUUAUAGCCCUCACGAGAUAAUCGGCAUCGUCGUUGACCGACCACUUCUAGCCCCUAAUGUAGCGCCCGCGAACGAAGCGCCCAAGGAGGUGCGCAUCUAUAACCACAACGAAUCGCCGCAGGUCCCGCACGCACCAGAGUAUGUCUUCUUCUACGCGAAUCGAGCGCCCAAGAAGGGAGGGGAGACGCCGAUCUCAUCGAGUCUAGAGCUGUUCCAUCGAGCGCGCGCUGAGAUACCCGAGUUUAUUGACCUGCUCGUGGAGAAGGGGGUCAAGAGUUCGGUUACGUACACGGUUGAGAGGCAGUACGUGGGCGGGUCGACGCUGAGACAGGCGUUCGGGAAGGAGUUCGUCGAUGAAGACGACGAACAGGCAAAAAGAAGGAAGGUCGAGGCGCAGAUUGCUCGGUAUGGACGCGGGAAGUAUACGACGUUUGAAUGGAGCGACGGUGCAGACGGCCAGGGGCAAGUGCUAACCCUAACUCACCACCUCCCUGUGAUCCGCACACAGCCUGGCACCAACCUCCCCACGCUCUUCACUGGGCUAGCAGCGUACUACAAGAAUAGCCUUGAGGCGAAAAAGGGAAGCGGCGCUGGUCGGAAGAACGUCGCCGUUCAGACAUUCGGCGACGGGACUCCGAUCCCGGAGGAGUACCUGGCGACGUUGGCGCGGAUCACGGAUGAGAUCCGCGUCCUGCAUCGGUGGCAGGACGGGGACGUGCUGGUCUUUGAUAAUGUCAUUGCGCAGCAUGGCAGAGAGCCUUGGGAGGGCGAGCAGGGGGACCGCGUGGUGCUGGCGAGUCUGUUUGACGGGGAGACUGUGCCGGGGCCUUAUGGAUUCGGGGAGUGGGCCAGAGUCGUGCAGGCUCUGGAUGGUUAA